AUGCAUUCCGCUUCAUUCGUCGUCGCUGCUUUUGCCGCCGCCGUCUAUGCGUCUCCCAUGGGCCCUCCUUCCGGGAGUGGUAACUACAACGGCAGUGCUCCCGGUGGCGGCCAAGGCUACCCAAGUUCUACGGCCAGCUACACGACGGGCCUGCUAGGCAACCCGACCGCGGCGCCCAACCCUGUCCCGACCAGCGGGGUCAUCGCCGAGCUCCUCACUGCCGACAACACGGUCGUGCGGUUCAUGGACAUCCAGAAGGAGAUCGCAGCAGGCGACAUCAGCCUCAAGUUCGACUUCAACCCGGCCGCCAACCCGGCCAUCACGGCCAAGGCCGGCGAGGGCGGACAGGUCGACCUGGCGUCGCGCGCCAACUUCCCGAUCCUGACGGGCCAGGGCAUCUCGGCGGCCGGCAUCUUCUUCGAGCCCUGCGGGCUCAACACCCCUCACGUGCACCCGCGCGCGGCCGAGUUCCUGACGGUCGCGACCGACAGCAACAUCUUCACGGGCUUCGUGCUCGAGAACGGCCUGACGUCCGAGUUCAACACGACUCUCACGCAGUUCCAGGGCACCGUCUUCCCCCAGGGCAGCAUCCACUUCCAACAGAACCUGGACUGCUACCCCGCGGUGGCCAUUGCGGGCCUCAACUCCGAGGACCCUGGCGCCAGCUCCGUCGCCCAGAACUUCAUCCUCAGCGUGGACGAGGGCAUUGUCGACGCCACCCUCGGCUUCCCCAAGCAGAUUGACGGCUCCAACUUUGCCCAGUUCAAGAAGAACAUCCUCCCCCCUCUCGCCAAGGGUGUCGAGGAGUGCUUGAUCAGAUGCCAUAUCCCUUACUGA